AAUACCAUUCACAGCUGCUUCAUAUAACAAUAACGGUGGAGUAUGUACAUGGCUGCGCCAUUAUCCAUAACGAAUUGAACAGAAGAGUGAGUAAUUCAACUAAACCGAUAAACCCACAAUCAAAGUUCCCAGAAAUGGAGGCAGCAGCUUCUGUGCUCAGCUCUUCUUCUACUUCUUCCUUUUCACUUUCACAUAUGCUCUUAUCUUCCUAUACCUCAAAACCCCAUUUGAGGUUUAUCUUCAAUUCUUUAUCAAAAUGCACUUCUGGUUCUCGUUUGCUCUUUUCAUCCAACCACAGCGUUGGAAGAUUCUCUCUGCUUCGCCCUUCAGCUCUUACAGUCGAGGAAACUGUUGAACAAUCCACAGAUACGUUUUCAGUGCAGCCCAAAAUUGAUAAGAGUGGUAGAUUCUGUUGUCCUAGAGCCGCCCGAGAGCUCGCUCUGAUGACAAUCUAUGCCGCCUGUUUGGAAGGGUCAGACCCUGUUCGCCUUUUUGAGAAACGGUUGAAUAUUAGAAGAGAACCAGGAUAUGAAUUUGAUAAAGAGUGGUUAAUGAAGUACAAUCACAUGAGUUUUGGAGGUCCUCCUGUGAAAACUGAGACGGUUGAAGAAGCUGAUGAACUUCUGAAGAUUGAUGAAAAUGAUUCUGAAAUAGAAGCUGAAGUUCUCUCUGCUCCACCAAAGUUGGUGUACAGCAAACUUAUUUUGCGUUUCUUGCAUCUUUGCAGUUUCACACGGAAACUUUUGGUGGCAGUUGAAGAAAAGUGGGAUAGUCAUGUGCUUGUAAUAAAUAAAGUUGCACCCGAUAAUUGGAAGAAUGAGCCAGCAGGCAGGAUCCUGGAGCUUUCAAUUCUUCACUUAGCAAUGUCUGAAAUAUCAGUAUUAGGAACACGGCACCAGAUAGUCAUCAAUGAGGCUGUUGACCUUGCGAAACGAUUCUGUGAUGGGUCAGCACCCCGCAUUGUCAAUGGCUGCCUCAGGACAUUUGUAAAGGAUCUUGAAAUAGCAAAGGAUGCCCGAGUUAACCAGUCAGUGUUUACUUGAAUUGUCCAGGAUCAAGAUCUUGAUGAAUCCUCAAAGAGUUAUAUCUUAACCUACAUGAGACACUUUUUCUGGGCAUUCCUUUGCAAAGUCAUGAGAAGAGAUCCGCAAUGCCUUGAGAUCCAGCUUCCAGUACAAAUUUGUGCUCUCAUCCAAUAUAAGGAAGAACUGUAUAUCAAGAUGUUAACACUGUCAAAUGUAUGGUUAAUAUUAUCAUGUCCAUGCUGUAUGCAAUUUAUAUUGUAUCACCUUAUUCAUUCUGCAGUAUCUGUUUUUGGUAUACCAAUUUUCUUAAAGGCUUUAAUCCUGCCUUAUUCAUUCUGCAGUAUCUGUUUUUGGUAUACCAAUUUUCUUAAAGGCUUUAAGCCUGCCUUGGAAUUUCAGUUUGUAAUAGCUUUUUCGCAGAGCCAAUAUAUGUGGCUGGUUUAUGGUUUGAAAAUAAAUAUUAUAUGUGUGGAUGAUGGAAGCCAUUUUCACGAUUAUUUUUCCAAUCAGGAAAUCAUUCUCUUAUA